UACCCCGCACACCCACAAAAAGAGCCUGGGUUUCCCAUUGAAUGCUCACGUCAUAAGCCCAAUGCUCCCCCUCUCUUUUGAUCAGCUUUUCUUCUUUUAGCUUGUUUUCAUGAUGCUCGGGAAAAAAAGAUUGAUCUGUUCAUAUACAGAGAUAGCACUGAUGAAGGAAUUUAAAGGCAAAGAUAAAACACUGUAAAUAGUAUAGAAUGAGAGAUAUGAGGUGACCCAGUGUCAGUCUUAAAAGGAAUGGGCAUAAAGUGAGGGAACAGAGAAAGACAGGCGAAGACAGAGAGACAGAGAGGCGAAAUCAGUGUGAAGAUUCCUGACUAUGAUCGAGUUUCCCAAUUAUCUGCUGUCAGCAAGGGGUGGGGGGGGAGAGAAGGGAGAAAAGGGAGAGACACCAAACGGGUCAAACUAGAAAAGAGGAUGAAAGGGAAUAAACAGGAGGUAGACAAUUGAAGCAGUAGUGUGAGGAUUGUUGGAUUUGUGUCAAAUUUCCAAUGAUCUGUUGCCUGCGACUGGGGGAGGAGGAUAGAGGGGUGAGGAAAAGAAAAAGAUAGAGGGGGAACAUACAGGCAGAGGGCGAGUGAGAAAGACCUCAGCAGGCAGUGUUGGACAGAAAGGCUGCAGACUCCUCUCUGGCUCCAUUGAGCAUACUGAGUGGCAGAUCUGCAUGUUGAAGCAACCUAUUGAAAACACAGAGCAGCUCACAGCACACUGCACAUUUCAUUCCUAGCACGUCCCUAGAUUUUUUUUUUUUUUCUUUUGCCUCAGCCUCAGUAGGAGCAAAUAGGAAGAGAAAGGCAGAGAGAGAGAGAAAGCAAGCAAUCCUUAAACUCAGCUUUUUUCCCCCCUCAGAUGUGCUAAAUAUUGUCCUGCAAACUGCUUUUCUAAUUAAUCAGCAAUGAAACCAUCUUCAGCAGAAACUCGUCUUAAAGGACGGAUGCUGUGGAUAAUUCUUUUAAGCACAAUCGCUCUUGCAUGGACUACACCAAUUCCCUUGAUUGAGGAUUCAGAGGAAAUAGACGAGCCUUGCUUUGAUCCGUGCUACUGUGAAGUGAAGGAAAGUCUUUUUCACAUUUAUUGUGACAAUAAAGGAUUUACAAAUAUUAGUCAGAUUACAGAAUACUGGUUUACACCUUUCAAACUCUAUCUUCAAAGAAACUCUAUGAGAAAAUUGUACACCAACAGUUUUCUGCACCUAAACAAUGCUGUGUCUAUAAACAUGGGGAACAAUGCAUUGCAGGACAUUCAGGCAGGAGCUUUUAACGGUCUGAAAGUUUUGAAGAGGCUAUACCUGCACGAAAACAAACUGGACAGUUUUAAAAAUGACACGUUUCUAGGGCUGGAAAGCUUGGAAUACCUUCAGGCAGAUUAUAAUGUCAUUAAGCGGAUUGAGAGUGGGGCCUUCAGAUACUUAAAUAAACUGAGAGUAUUGAUUCUAAAUGAUAACCAUAUCCCAUUGCUUCCAACAAAUUUAUUCAAAUCUGUAUCUUUAACACACUUGGACUUGCGUGGAAAUAGGUUAAAGAUACUGUUCUACAAAGGAAUGUUGGAUCAUAUUGGAAGAAGCAUAAUGGAGAUUCAGCUUGCUGAGAACCCAUGGAAUUGCACCUGUGAGAUUUUGCAGCUAAAGAACUGGCUAGAACGUAUACCAUAUACCGUUCUGGUUGGAGAUAUUACAUGCGAAAGUCCAUUUCAUUUUCAUGGCAAGGAUCUGAGGGAUAUAAAACGUAGUAAGCUGUGCCCCUCAUUAUCUGAAAGUGAAGCUGAAAAAAGUUGGGGAAUUCCCCAGAUAACAUCUAGCAAAGAAAAUGCAUGGCCAACAAAACCAUCCUCUAUGUUGUCUUCUUCUCAUGUCACUGCUUCAUCUGUGGAGUACAAGUCAUCUAAUAAACAGCCAACAACCACUAAGCAGCCAAGAGCUCCCAAGCCUCCACCAACACCUAGAGGCCUUUAUCCAGGCCCAAACCAACCGCCUAUAGCAGGAUAUCAGACGAGACCGCCCAUUCCAAUUAUAUGUCCCACUGGCUGUUCAUGUAGUUUGCAUAUUAAUGAUUUGGGGUUGACUGUAAAUUGUAAAGAGAGAGGAUUCCACAACAUAUCGGAACUUCUACCCAGACCACUGAAUGCUAAAAAGCUCUACUUAAAUGGUAACUUAAUUCAGAAAAUUUACAGGUCGGAUUUUUGGAAUUUUUCUUCUUUGGAUUUAUUACACCUGGGAAAUAACCGUAUAUCAUAUGUGCAAGAGGGAGCCUUUGUUAACCUCCCCAAUUUAAAAAAUUUGUAUCUGAAUGGGAAUGACAUUGAGAGGCUGACUCCUGGCAUGUUCAGGGGUUUGCAAAGUUUGCAUUAUUUAUACUUUGAAUAUAACACGAUAAGGGAAAUCCAGCCUGCUGCUUUUAGUUUGAUGCCAAAUCUGAAACUGCUUUUUCUCAAUGACAAUCUGCUUAGAACCCUUCCAACUGACACUUUUGCUGGCACUUCUUUAUCGAGACUUAGCCUGAGAAAUAACCACUUUCUUUACCUUCCUGUCACAGGGGUUUUGGAGCACCUUAAUGCGAUAGUUCAGAUUGAUCUCAAUCAGAAUCCAUGGGAUUGUACCUGUGACAUAGUUCCUUUAAAGCAGUGGAUAGAAACCAUCAGCUCAGUCAUUGUUGUUGGAGAGGUUUUAUGUACAAGUCCUGAAAAUCUGACAAAUAAGGAUCUAAAAUCAAUUGACAUGAAAGUUUUGUGUCCAGAACUACUCGAUUCUGAAUCUGCUGCUUCGCCUGCUCUGCCUGGUAAUAUGGUGCCCACAAGUUCAUCAGUAUUUGAGUUCACCACACCAGGGGGUGCCAUUCCACUGUCAGUCCUUAUCCUCAGUCUUUUAAUUCUGUUUUUUUCAGCUGUUUUUGUGGCUGCAGGUCUUUUUGCUUUUGUGCUAAGAAGGCGUAAGAAACUGCCUUUCCGAAAGAGACAAGAGGUGGAUUUAACUGGCAUUCAGAUGCAGUGCAGGAUCUUUGAGGACAGACAGAACAACUCCCCGGAAAAGGCCCCUGGUCAUGUCUAUGACUACAUCCCACACCCAGUAACUCAGAUGUGCAACAAUCCCAUCUAUAAACCCAGAGAAGAAGAAAUGGGGAAGGAAUUUUCAGAGACAAAGGAAAAUAACACAAAUUACAGGACUUUAAUAGAAAAAGAGAAAGAGUGGACCAUGGCAGUAUCAAAUUCCCAGUUAAAUACAAUAGUCACUGUAAAUCAGUCUGGGGACAUACCAAGUUAUCAUGAAAAUGGAGUAAUUUUUCCUGGUGCAAUGGAUCGAGAAAGGCAAGCUCCCACUGUAGGCUUUGUGGAUUGCCUUUAUGGCACCGUACCGAGAUUAAAGGAACUGCACAUGCACCCCCCUGGAAUGCAAUAUCCUGAUUUGCAGCAGGAUGCCAGAUUAAAAGAAACCCUUCUUUUCUCAGCUGGAAAGGGGUUCUCAGACCAAACCCAAAGUGAAUACCUCGAGUUAAGGGCCAAACUCCAAACAAAGCCAGAUUACCUCGAAGUCCUGGAAAAAACAUAUAGGUUCUAGUAUAGCAUCAUUUCAUAGCGCCCACAAACGCAUGAUUGAAGACAAAACCAUUGUGCUCCCCCAAUUGUUUUGGAGGAAGGGCCAUACUCUAAUCAUACUUAAUUGAAGUGCCUUUGCAGACUUUUGCCAGCAAUGUUAUCAAUCAUUAUUUUUUAUAUAGGAGUCUAAGAAACUUGACUGUGCCAUGUAAGGUAUGGGGAUAUUUGUACUGAUCCUGAUAAAUAAUUCCACGUGUCUUUUUUGGCAGUAACUUAUUUUUUUUCUCUAGGGGGGUAUAGGAUGGCAUUGUGGCUUUGUUACACAAAGAAACGCCCAUGGCACAAAUCCUGUAUAUUGAUGCAGUUUGCUGCAUGCCUAAAAACUGCAGGGGAGGGUAAUGCUCGAAUGUUCUCACCCAAAACAUCACUAUAAUUCCUAAAGCAACAAGACCCUGGAGUUACUGCAAUGCUUUCUUGUUCAACAUUUAUUUGUUUUAUCACAAUUUCCCAGUGCUGAAAAGAAAUGAUAUUCCAUACACCUCAACAUCAACAUGAUGGGAUUUUCUGCAGCUCAUUGCAUUUUCCUUUUCUUUUCUAUAAGAAAAAGUAUUUCCUUUAUUUUAAAUCUUUUUAAAGAAGUUCUACUGGGUAUGUAUUACUAACAGCAUUGUAGGAAGCACUUUUAAUGUUCUCUCCCCUCCUUACUCAGCCUACCCACAUAAACAAAGAUUUAAACAAAUGUGCAUAUAUUUAUUCUGUAAUUUCAGUGACUAUUAAUUGUAAAGGUAAUGUUAAAUCAAUGUAUAGUGAUUAUGCGUCUGGUACAGCUUUCCUAAUAAAAUUAUUUAAAUGAUA